UGACCAGAGACAGAGCAGGAGCCGGGCACAGAGCUCUAUCUUGUGCCAGGACAGGCAUCGAAGUCCCAACAGAGAAGCCCAGGGGCCUCUGCCUGCAGAGUCCGUGCAGCCUACGAACAAGCCUGAGAGCUCAGAGCCAGCCGGUGCCUGCUGGUGGGGGAGGCUGGCUACUUCCUCUCAUCACCCAAGGACAGAAUUCCUGGGCAGUAGGACAAGCAGGUCAGAGAGAAGAGGCGGCAGCUUCCUCCAUCACCCCAGUCUGACUCCGGAGGGCACAGGAGGCAGGGUACAAUUUCUGAUGCUAGAGUGUAGCUCAUCUGAGUCCAGCCUGACUCUACCAGGCUGCCAGAGGCCAAAGUCCAAGUCCACAGCAGAUCCGAGCAGCUGUUGGAGGAACUGGAAGCCAAGCACAACAGGUGCUCAGGAGGUCACCAUGAUCAGCUCAGACCCCAGGUCCUCCCCUGGCUUGGCUCGGUGGGCCGAGAGCUACGAGGCCAAGUGUGAGCGACGUCAGGAGACCCGGGAAAGCCGCCGCUGCCGGCGCAACGAGACCACUUGCCGCCAGCCAGGGAAGGUGCUGAGGACCCAGCACAGGGAACAGCUUCAGAGAGCUCGGCAGCUCCAGUUCCUCAGAAGGAGAAACCUGGAAGACGGGAAGAAAGGCCAGGCCAGGGAGCAAGAGCCCUCCAGCCAGACAGAUGGAGGGACGGGCCAGGUGGUGGUCCUCAAGGAGUCGUUGCCUGGUGCCCACGAGACCCCUUUCCCCGGACAGCAGGUAACAGGGACGAGCUCUGAGGUUUUAUCAAACCAAUGGCAUUCCUCCUCAAGCAUCCAGAGGCAUUUGGAUGGCCACCCCUCCUCACACGGGAGAGCCCUCCAACCACAGGACUCUGCCACCAAGAAGCCACACACACAGCACCGGGGUACCCAGACAAAGGCAGAAGAGUCACGGCCAACAAUGAAGAAUGACGCCAGCCAGCAAACCAAUGGAGUUGCCGUCCUAGACAAGGACAUCAUUCAACUAUCUGAGUAUCUCAAAGAAGCCCUCCAAAGGGAGCUGAUCCUAAAACAGAAAAUGGUGGUUCUCCAGGACCUGCUGCCUGCCCUGACCAGGGCCUCUGACAGCUCCUGGAAGGGACAGCUUAAUGAAGACAAACUGAAGGGCAAACUAAGGUCCCUAGAAACCCAGCUCUACACCUGCAUGCAGAAGUGCUCGCCCUGGGGAAUGAAGAAGGUGCUGCUGGAGAUGGAAGACCAGAGAAGCAGCUUUGAGCAGAAGGCUAAGGAGUCGCUGCAGAAAGUGCUGGAGGAGAAGAUGAGUGCGGAGCGGAAGCUGCAGAGCUUGCAGCUGUCCCUGGCUUUGGCAGAGCAGAAGUGUAAAGAGUGGAAGAGUCAGUACGAGGCUCUUAAGGAGGACUGGAGGACGCUAGGGGACCAGCACAGGGAGCUGGAGAGCCAACUGCUUGUGCUUCAGUCCAAACUACAGGGAGCAGACAGCAGAGACUCACAGAUGAACCAGGCCCUGCGACAUUUAGAAAGUGAGCACCGGGAGCUGCAGGCCAAAAUCAAGCACCUGCAAGGGGACAGAGAGCAGCAGAGCUCUGACAGCCAGGGCCUACAAGAUCAACUAAAGAAGUCAGAGGAAGAGAAACAGGCCCUGGUGGGCAGAGUACAAGAGCUGCAGAGUCUGCUCCAGAGUCAAUCCUUACAACUUCAAGAACAGGAGAAACUCUUAAAGAAAGAUCAGGCUUUUCCUGUGUCAAACCCAAAGCCCUCCCUUGAUGAAGCAAACCCAGAGAAUGCAAGGAAGGAGAAAGUCAAGGAUCCCAGAGGCCAGCUACAAAAGGAGACAUCUAGGCUCCAGGCCAAGGAAAAGGAGUGCAGAGAGCUGCAUUCAGAGUCAGACGCCCUCAGUGAGAAGCACCUCUCCUGUCUGCGAGAGCUACAACACUGUCAGGACGCGCUGAGCCACCGCCAGGAGCCGCAUCCCAGACGGCAGAGAGGCCAGUGGCUCCCAGUGCUGCUCCUGGUGAUUGCUACAGCACUGGCAGUGUUCCUGGCAAGCAAGGGCGACGUGCUGAUCUGAGGAGUUGCCGGCAUCCACUGGAGUAAAAAUCCGAAGCAAACAACUCCAUGAAAAACUUGAGCUUUGGAACCUCACAAGUUAGGUUUUCAUCCCAAGUGAAUCUGGGCUCCUAGUUGUAUUUUUGU